GAGGAGGGAGGAAGGAGGGAGGGAGGACAGUUUCCUUUCUGUAACGCACACGCUACAUGAACACACCGGGAAAGCGGAGAGCGGAAAGAAAAUAAUAAGCGAGAGAAAGAGAGGGAGAAGGAAACGCUGCAGCCCCGGCGUCCGUCCGUCCGUCUGUCCGUCCUUCGGUUGGUUGGUUGGCUUUAUUGUUUUUGUUUUUUUGGGGGGAGGGAAGAAGCCGUCUUUUCUUUAAGCGCAGACUUGCGGACUAACAUGGGAAGAGAGAGCUCCUGAGGAGGAUUGACUUUCAGUGAACCUCUGCUCUGUGGUAAAAGUCUGUGGCUAACAGGGAGGAAAAAGGGCGACGGGGAAGACAUGUUGAGGGUUUUUUUCAUCUUGAGGUUGCGGUAGGGUAUUGAUGUUGUGCUCUUAAAAAAAACACACACGGCUCUCCUGGAGUGGGGUUAAAAAAAGAGAGAGAAAGAGAGGGGGGAGCAAAUGGAAACUAGGCGGUAGGCUAAGCUCAGGAGCCAUUGUUUUGAUCGGUGUUUGUUUAAUUGGCUUGUUAUGAUCUGAAAUAACGUAGGCCUCUUAGGCAGCCCCGCAGUAAAUACAUACACGGUCUGCAGACAGGGGCUACACAGCUGCAAAUUAGCCCGACAGAGCUGCUCGCAUUGCAGGAGGCUCUGUUAUGAAAUAACAGGGAAAACGGUGCUUGUGUGAGAUUUCCUUUUAUAUAUAUAUUUUUUUUUUCAAGUGACAUUUUUUAAGCCAGGCAGCCAAAACAUUUCCAGAUACAUCAACUCACUGGGGGGGAAUCAUACAAAGGCCCAAAAUACAGUGAAAGCUACUUGGAUUAUUAAAAGACUGUUUUAAUCCCUCCGCCGAUUUAAGCACAGAGGUGCACUAGAUUAGGUUAUUUUACCCCCCGUUUAGCUGAAGAGAGGAAACAAAAGAAGAUUUUUAAAUGUUAAUGUCGACCGACGUUGCAUCCAUCAUGCUGCCUGUAUCCCGGGGUCUCAUAGACCGGGAUAGAGAGCUGGACCCCAUGGCCGGGGUGCAUCCCAACCCCGGUGGCGCUCCUGCAGCUGUUCGCGGCAUGAAACGAGGAGACCCGGAGCCUGACGGACAGACAGCGGCGGCUCUGGUGGACUCGACCGGCGCUGAGUGCAAGCGUCCCCGCAUCGACGGCACAGGAGGAAUGGGCGAGGUUGGUCAGAACAACGACCCCUUGACGCUCAGCUAUCACGGAUACCCGUCUCAUAGUCAGGGUUCUCAGGAUAGUGCUGGCGGUCAGGAGGGACUCGUACCCCCACCUUUCUCUGCCUUCCCGCCUCCUCCACCGCCGCCCCCCCAGAACGGCCUGGCCCUGGAUUACGGGGGCAGCCUGUAUGCUGCAGGGGCCGUCCAGGGUCCCGUGGAAGCCGGCGGAGCAGCGAAUAGCGCAGCCAACGCCGCUAACAGUCUCAGUGCCCAACAGUCAGAUGGGUCCUCCCAGAUUGACGGCCAGUCUGGGGUUGGCUCGGGAGGUGGAGGCGGUGGGGGGAACGCCGGAGACGAUUUGGACUCCAAGGCGACCCCCAAACGCCUUCACGUAUCUAACAUCCCCUUCCGCUUCCGAGACCCUGACCUACGGCAGAUGUUUGGGCAAUUUGGCAAAAUCCUUGAUGUGGAGAUCAUUUUUAACGAGAGGGGAUCGAAGGGCUUCGGUUUUGUUACGUUUGAGUCGAGCGCAGAUGCAGAGAGGGCCAGAGAGAAGCUCCACGGCACGCUGGUGGAAGGACGUAAAAUCGAGGUCAAUAACGCCACAGCCAGAGUGAUGACAAACAAGAAGAUGACCACGCCGUACUCGAACGGAGAGGGCCUUGCGGCACUGCCAUAUGCUGGAUGGAAGCUGAGUCCUAUGGUUGGAGGCAUUUACAGUCCUGAGCUCUAUACAGUACCAGGGUUUCCGUACCCAGCAGCAGCGGCAGCAGCUGCCUCGACCGCUGCAACCUUUCGAGGCGCUCAUCUCCGAGGUCGUGCUCGGCCCGUCUACAGCGCAGUCAGGGCAGCUGUUCCACAGCCUGCCAUCCCCACCUAUCCUGGUGUGAUGGCCUAUCAGGAUGGUUUUUACGGUGCAGCUGAUCUCUAUGGUGGCUAUGCAGCGUAUCGAUACGCCCAGCCGGCUGCAGUAGCAACUCCUGCGGCGGCAGCAGCUGCAGCGGCAGCUUACAGUGACAGUUAUGGACGAGUUUACACGGCAGAUCCCUACCACGCUGCACUUGCCCCAGCUGCCUACGGCGUUGGAGCCAUGGCCACGCUGUACAGGGGAGGCUACAGUAGAUUUGCUCCCUACUAAAGACACUACAUUUCCCAGGAGCUCCUCUCUUCCAUUGAAUUACUUUGAAAGAGCUCCCCCUGUUGUCGCGGAGGUGGACUGCACCCAGUUUUAAAAUGUGGACUUGACCACAGAGAAGAUAUUUCAGAUCCCACCCCAGAGCAGUCCCACGUUUUCUUAUAUACGCUACUACAGAAAUAGAGGAAUGCUGUAUUAAAGACUGAAGGAUGGCCUUAAUGUUAAAAAAAAAAGAAGAAGAAGAAGAAGAAGAGAAAAAAAAUAAGACUUAAGAUGGCCUCCUUCCCUAUUGCACGGCUGUAUUAUAGUCUCCCCUUCUUAUUCCCUCAGCACUCAGCAGCACAAGAUUUGGGACAGAGCCCAGAUGUUCUUCCAAAGGCUGCAUGUGGAUAACUGACACUUAAAACAGCCGUCACCCGUGUGCGUGUUCGUGUGUGUGUGCGUGAAAGAGGCGAGCGCUGUGUGGCCUGCACACGCUCUCCGCUGAAGGAAAAAGAGAGGGAAACACACAAUGGAGGUGUCCACAAAACAUCAGGGCAGUAGGAAGAAAGACGGUGCGCUGAAAGAUCACCGAGAAAACAUUCUGAACCAGAAUGACGAGUCAAAUGAUAAAACCACCCACGGAUGGAUUUUAUAAUUCCUCCUCGACGUGGGCGGAUAGUAAGGAGAGGAUUUCCAAUCCCGCGGUGUUCUUUCUGUCAGAGGGAGACUGAAUGUGGCAGCUUGGAGAGAUGAUGUGACGGUUUAUAACGCUAUAGAAAUCACGUCCGAAAGCUGAAGGAGGGAGGGUUUAUUAGAGCUGUUCCUUACCUCAAGUUUUCUUAGUAUGUGGAAAUGGUAAACCUUUAAACUUAAAAUUGUUAUAUGCAAAGAAAUUAGUUUAGAGAGGAAAAAAAAGUUACCAAAUUAUUAUUAUUAAUGAUAUUUGUAAUUGUAAUUAUUCUCAUUAUUACUCUUAUGAAACCAUUCUUAUGUUUGAGUCAGCAGCCGCUGCUGUCAUGGAUUCAACAGUGAACCCUGGGGUUAAAAAUCAUAAAAAAAAGUACAAAUACGCUGUCAGGUAUAUGAAAACAGCUUAUAUCCGUGCACGGAACUUCACCCGACACUACAAAAAUGGCAACACUACACAGAAGAGGAAGGGGGGAAAAAUGUUCCUGUUUAGUGGAGUUUACACCCAAACUAAACCCUGGGGUUCAAAUAGUGGUUGGUCCUUUUAAUGUAGGAAUAUAUUAUUUGGAUCCCCCCUCAUAUUCCAUCUUUUGUAGAGUGUCCAGCAAUGGAUGAGUCUUCCUGAAACAUACUUCUGUUGGUAUUGUGUUUAAGAUGCUGCAGCAGCAACUGCUGAGCAAGAGAGAGAGAUUCAGUUAGUGAGUUUGUAGUAAAUAUUUAAAUGCAAAACACAAUUGUGCAUAUUUUUAUUCCAUUGUAUUCUAUAUUUCCAAAAUGUGGCUUUUUUUAUUUUUGGGCUUUUUGUUUUUGUUCCAAAGAUUUGUAGAAAGCACAUUUUCUGCCGUAUGUAUAAAUAUAUUAUCUUUGUUAUUGUUAUUAUCAUAAUCCUAUAGCUGUUUUUAUUAUUUACUUUCAUCUUCUGUGUUGUUCCUUGUCCUGUAAGGUGCAAGGUAAUUUUCAAGUGAUUUUGUUUUUUCUCUUGGGAGUAAAGUUCUUCAGCUGGAAAGCAUAGCUGGUUGGGGACAAACAAAGGUAUGCGCGUCACACCACCAAGCUUUUGUCCUUUUGGUUGACUAUUCAGUCCAUGCUGUUUUUUUUGUUUUUUUUUGUUUUUGUUUGUUUGUUUGUUUUUGAUUGAUCAUAGGAUCUGCUAGCUUGACAUUUAUCAUAUUUCAAAAUAUAUAGUAACACUUUUUUUUUUGUGUACGUGUGUCCAUGUUUUGCAAGUGACUGAGCUAUUUGGAAUGAGUGAACAUAGGCCUGUAGCACUUGAGUUAAAGCAGUCUGUAUUGUUUUGGUUUGAAAUCUUAAUGAUUCUUCACAUUUCACUGGCUAAAUCUGUCAGCUUGGCUACUCUGGAUUUGUUUGAAAAAAGUGUUAUCGCUCAUACAUGCACAGGUUAGGGUUCCUGGCGAAAAACAAUUUGUCAGCAUUGGGAUAUGAAGUUGUUUUUAUCCAUCUUCAAAGCUACCUUUUGUGUUUUCCGCUUCUCACAAUUAGGAAAACAUGCUUUUCAUUAAAAUGCUUUUUUUUCUCCCUUUCUUUUAAAUGUGCUGCUGUUGGAUUUUCUCAAGUCAUUUAGUGUUACUUUAAAAAAAACAAAACUCCAUAUUAAUGUAGAAUGUGCUUCAGACACUUUUAAUUUUUCUUUAAAAAAAAAAAGAGAAAAACAGGCACUAGCCAAAGAUGCUAACAGUACCCAGCAUGUUCUGGCUUGACAUGUGCUACACAAAAUACUCUAAGAUGGACUUUUGGAGCCACUGAAGGCAUGGACAAACCAGCAUGAGCGAUACUUGUCGAGUUAUAUAUAUAAAAAAAUAGUUUUGCAUGAUUCUUGUGUCUUUUCAUAUUUGAAUCCUGAGCAGCAGAGCCCAGCUGCGUUCUUCUUUACCACUAAACUCCAUGACAGGCAGCUAGCAAAUCUAAGCUAGUUAGCGCAUCAAAGAGCACAGUGCUGUUUGGCAAAAAGGCCCGGUGACAAACAAAAUGGCUGCCGCACAAAUGACACGUGGCAGCUUCAUUUUUUUUCCUGUCGUGGUUUUCUUGCCAGUGUAUUAUAGUAAACUAUGUGGUCAUCCUUCAUAGUUGCUAUGGUUUCUCAAUGAACAGUCCCCUUUCCUCUGUCAUGUCUGUAUUUCCCCUUGACUGCCAUUAUGUUUUUUUGUUAUUGAAUGUCCAUAUAAAAUGUUUUAUAUAAAAAUGUUUUGUUGUGAUUGAA